AAUGUUGGAAAUACGAAACUGAUGAGCGUCCAAAUAUGCAAAAAGUCGUUUCAACUCUUAAAAUUAUUAUUUCUCUUGAAAACAGUGAAAUGAUUGAUGCUGAUUUUAAUGAAGAAAUUGAAUUACCGAUAAAAGGUAUAUCUAGCCUUAAAUCAAGUAUAGAAAUAGAUGAGGAAUUAGAAGGUCUAGAAUUGUCUGAAGGUAUUAAUAAUUUCACUGAAAUAAAAUCUUCUCAAUCAAAUAAUAAUUCUAGCUUUAAAUUAUGCAAAAAGAGAGAUGAGGUUUUAGAAGAUUUAGAAAUACCUGAAGUUUCUAAGAAGGAUGAUAAAAGCAUUUUAAGUUUUCGAAUUCAAUUUUUCAAGUUAAUAAUCAAUCAAAAGACUCAAUAG